UUUAUGUGGAAGGACGGGUUUGUUGUGUGUGUUGUCAAAACAGUCCUCCCCGUUUGUUUUAGUUACUUUUGAAUUCCACUUAUAUUUUCGUGUUUACAACAUUGCAAAAAUACUCUUAGUGGACAAUGCCAUGGCGGAUAAUGAUCUUGUUGCGUUCAGGGAACGUUGGAAACGGGAGUUAAAGAGUAAAGCAGAAUCUGCUCCUCCCUCCUCCCGGGGUCUUCCUGAUCAGUCAAGCCGGAGAGACGUGAAGAAAACAAAGGAGCUUUUAAAACCAGAGGAAGGUGAGGGGUGUGAUGGAGGGAGAGCUGAUGCGGAGACAGAGGACCAGCCCGAGUAUGUGUCCAUCGCACGCAGCCUGCUGGGUGGGAGGACCAGUCCCCUGCUGGACCGCAUCCAGGAGGAGAGAACCAGGAGGAAGAGGAUGUAUCAGAACGUGACCGAUGCUUGCAGCGCAUCCCUGCAGCAGCAGAGGCAGCGUCAGAGGAAGGUGAAGAAGGAGGAGGAGGAGGAGGAGCUGGUGGAUCAACUCAUUCAGGAUCUGAAUGAAGUCAACGACAUUCCCUUCUUCGACAUCGAGUUGCCCUACGAGUUAGCCCUGAAGAUAUUCCAGUAUCUCACCUGUGCUGAACUCGGCCGCUGUGCCCAGGUGAGCAGGGUGUGGAGAGUCCUCGCAGAGGACGGGGUUCUGUGGUACAGGAUGUGCCAGAGGGAAGGGCACUAUCAGGAUGCCAACGUGUCCGACUCCCCCUGCUGGAAGAGCACGCUGCGAGACUGCAGGAACUCUGCCAGGACGGUUCGCUCCAACUGGAAGAACCGAGUGGGCUCCAUCAGGCAGCUGCAGUUUGAGCUGGGGAAGGUGUUGUGUGACGUCAGCUCCAGCAGCACCUUUGUUUUGGCGGGGUACACGUCGGGCGAUGUGAGGCUCUGGGACACAUUGCAUUGGGACUCGACAGCCUCUUACCUGAAAACUAACAGCCUGUCGGCUAACACCGAGCCCAGACCUCAUGUUAGUAACGUCCAGGUCAACAACACUGUGGCUGCUGCUGCGUAUGAAGAUGGCUGCAUAGACCUGUGGAGCACAGAGACAGGCGGGGCACCCAUCCACCACUACCAGGUCCCAGGGAGAAUCCAGGCUUUGGCUCUGAGUCCAGACAGUCCCGUCCUGGCGUCCGCCAGCGGCUCAGACGUUCGGCUGGACAGUGUCAACGACUGCGGCUACUGGAGGACCGUCUGCCAGACUCAUCUACCCAAAACUGUGGAGAGCCUCGUUUUGGUCCCAGACAGAGCAGAUCAGACCCCGCUGGUGGUUUUAGCAGCUGGAGAAGAUGUCUGCUUGUUGAAGCCCGGAGAGGAGCAGCCACAGACGCUCCACUCCGUCUACGGUCAUCCCGUCACCUGCCUGGACGCCUCCAGCUCGCUCGCUGCUUUUGGGGUGAAGCGUACUGGCUGGGCCAUGCAUGAUGGAGGCAACAAGAUUCACAUUUACAACCUGGAGACGAGCAAACCAACAAUCUGUGUCGGCAGCUCUCCGGGAGAUUUCACCUGCAUCAACCUGAGAGACAGCCCCCCUCAUCUGCUGGUGUGUGGAAACAAAGACAGGAGGGUGAGGGUGUUCGACCUGCGAACCGGCUCCUCCGCAGCCUCCCUGUACGCCCACCACCUGGGCGUCACCUGUGUUCAGGUGGACGACUGGAAGAUCGUGAGCGGCGGGGGCGAAGGCUUGGUGUGCGUGUGGGAGAUGAGGAUGGGAGCUAAGCUGUGGGAAAUGCACAACAGGCAUCCUGUGAGGCAUGUCCGCUUCAACGCCAGCACGCUGCUAACAGCCAACAUCCCUGAUGACAAGUCGCCACGAGGAGCCUGCAUCACAGACGAUGACCUCACCGCUCAUCGCAGACACAGGGGAGUCAUCUGCCAUUACGACUUUUCAGAGGACACGCUGUCACAGGAUCACGUCUUACCCAUCUGCAGGUCCGACUACAUCGAAUCAUACGGCUACAACUACAACAUUAACCUGGCGGUGCCCUACGACAGGCUGGCUGGCUCCCAUCUGGCUCACUGAUGUGCAGUUUUCAACAGAGCAAAUAAAACCCUGAUGAUGUAACUGAAUGGACAAAAUGAACAGUUGGAUUCUCCAUCUGCCUUUUUUUAAAUUUUAUUAUUCUUUUUAAAUGACAGCUUUUUAAAUGUUGUACUUCAGUGCUCAAAUGAAGCUCUUGCAACUCCUUAUCACACAUGUAAAACUUCACUGCAUAUUUAUUUUCAAUGUUUUACUUCCUAGAUUUGACACAGUGCAGUUCUGCAGCCCAACAAUAAAAAAAGGCAUUAAUAGCUUGAUUUUCUCAAUAAAAUGUGUUUACGUCCAUCA